GAUGUUUGUAUCUAUGGUCCCGGACGCGUGUAAUCUACGAACGAGGAAGAACUCUCUCCUCUCUCACACGUGUGCGCAUUUCUGCAGCAGUUUUCAAUCACACGCAAGCAUCGCUUCAUUUUUUUAAAAAUAAAAGCAUCCCAUAAUUCACACAGCAAUGUCGAGGCGCAGCCAAAGAACCAAACCCGAACCGGUCCCGCCUCAGAUUUCGGAACCGCCGACUGGAGUCGAGCUGGACCCGGAGGCAACAGCGACCCGAACCAGGUCUGGCCGCCGCAGCCGGGUCCAGAUCACGCUGCCAGCCGCCUCGGAGGUACCAGAACCCGGGCGAACUCCCACCGCCGCUACCAAAACCCGCAGCCGAAAAUCGGUUCGCGUUUUUGAGAUUAGGAGCGACGCCGGAGCGGAUCCGGAUCGCGAUGUUAUGGAUGAUAAAACCGAAGUGGCGUCGGAUUUAAACGAGCCGGUUCGGGCGGAGACGGCGGAAUCUACCGAGGACCAAAAAACCGAUGGGAUCGAGGUUCAAGUGAAAAAACCGCAAACGGAGCCUCAUGACUUAUCCGUGACGAAAGACGCGACUCCGACAAGCGAUGCUAAUGUUAUUAUUAAUAACGAGGCGAUUAAGCCGGCUCCCGAACCGACAGUGGAUAAAAACACGCGUGAUAUUAACGGUCCCGGAAAAUCCGUGGCGAGUGACAAAGAGAACGUCAGCGGCGGUUCUUCAAAGAGAAUAAAGUUGGACGGGCGGACCGCUGACGGUAAACCCCCGACUGGAUCCGAACCGAACCGGCUGUUGGUUCCGUUAGGGAAACCCAAAUCUGGAAGAAUCUGGAAAGAGCGUCACAAAAAAAGGUUUUCGAACAUGGUGAACGAUAAGCCUCUGCGAACCUCCUGGGAGAAGAAAAUGAACGCCAAGAAGGAGAAGAAACUCACCAAGGAUUUAGCCAAUCAGCUGAAGGGAGACAAAGCCAAAGAGAAAGAGGACAAGAGAAAACGAAGGGAGGAGAAUCUCAAAAGAAAGGAGGAAAACGAAAGAAAGUCUGAAAUUGUGCAAGUGAUCCGAAACCCGGCCAAGAUGAAACGCAUGAAGAGGAAGCAGCUGCGACGGAUUGAGAAACGAGACACCCUCCUCCUCCUCCAGAAAAACAAGAACAAAGCGGAACCCAAGAGUGGCCGGCCCAGGGCUCCGGGGAAGGCUAAGACUGGUGCACCCGAGCACACCGAGUGACCCCCCCCACCCCCCACCCCCCGGGGUGUUGCUAGGAGACGGAGGAAUCAUUCCGUUCCAGGGAGCUGUUUUUUCAGUUGGGCCGGCAACUCUCUCGUUCCCUCUGUCUGUGUGUCUCUCUGUUUCUCUCUCUCUGUUUCCUCUCUCUCUUUCUCUCUGUUUCUUCUCUCUGUUUCUUCUUUCUCUUUCUUUCUCUCUCCUGUUUCUUCUGUCUUCUCUCUGUGUCUGUCUCUCUCUCUCUUUCUAUUUCUUCUCUCUCUCUUCUCUCUUCUCUGUUUCUUCUCUCUUCUGUCUCUCUCUCUCUAUUUUUUCUCUCUCUGUUCUCUCUUUCUCUCCUCUGUUUCUUCUCUCCUCUCUCUCUCUCUCUCUCUCUCUCUCUCUCUCUCUCUCUCUCUCUAUUUCUUCUCUCUCUCUGUUCUCUCUGUUUCUUCUCUCUUCUGUCUCUCUCUCUCUCUCUCUCUCUCUCUCUGUCUGUCUCUCUCUCUCUCAAUUCAAUUCAAUUCAAUUCAAAUUGGCUUUAUUGGCAUGACAAUAAAAAGAAUUGUGUUGCCAAAGCACAUACAUGGCAUAACCAACUCAAAUAUACAGACAAAUAAUUUUUCUUAAUACUAACAGUAUCCCUCCUCCCUCUAUAUUAAUACAGUAAACAGAAUCCCUCCCUUCCCCUCUAUAUCAAACAGUACCCCCUUCCCCCCUCUAUAUUAAACAGAAUCCCCCCUCCCUCCCUCUAUUAAACAGAAUCCCCCCUCCCUCCCUCUAUUAAACAGAAUCCCCCCUCCCUCAAUUAAACAAUACCCCCUCCCUCCCUCCCUCUCUCUCUGUCUGUCUCUCUCUCUCUCUCUCUCUCUCUCUCUCUCUCUCUCUCUCUCUCAGAGACACUGUUUGUGUGUAGGAUGUCUCUCUCAUUAUAUUCUUAACCACAGACACAGACGAGGACAGGUGAAGCCUUUCAUCGCACCAACUAACCCAUCCUACAUUACGAUAGCAACUUUCUAUUGAUUAGUCCGUCCAACUGAAAGGUGAGAGACGUCAUCUCCUGCAGCUGGGACGAGAGGGGAUGUGAAACUCGAUUCUCUGUCACGCGUUCUAUUCAGAAGAACGUCCCGCAGAGACCUGACCGAUCCGUACCGAAGCCCGCCUUACAGCCGCGUGUCCGUCUGAAACGGGACUCAGUGACUCGGUCAGAUCUGUACGUGUUCCCUUACCUGUGAAAUAAAUAAAAAAACAACAGCA